AUGACCCUUUUGAUGGGCUGCAGAGUAAUCUCCGGCGUUGCAUUAGAACCUGAUGGAGCGAGAGGAGUAAUCAUAGGAGGUGGGGGUGCAUUCCUGGAAGAUUAUGGUGGUGGGGGUGGAAGGGGUGAACUUUGCGGUGGUGAAGAUACCGGUGGCAAGGGUGAACUCUCAGGUGCGGUUGGUGAUGGUGGUGGAGGUGAAUUUUCGGGUGGUUUUGGCGAUGGUGGAGGUGGGGAAUUCGUAGGUGGGUUGGAUGAAGGCGGUGUAGGUGAACUCACUGGCGGAGUACUCACUGGUAGAGUAGAACUAGGUGGUGGUGGUGAUGGUGGAGGUGAAGUUUUUGUGUAG